CGGGCUCAGCUGAUUGUCCCCGGCAGAGAGUUGCUGGGCGGCGGGCGGUGCGGCCGGGAGCGCGGGCGCCCCAUUGUUGCAUGGGGGUGUCCGGCUGAGGGGAGGGCGGCCGGGCGCGCGGCGAUCGUUGCUGCCUCCCGCUGCCCCAUGAGCGCCCUCGCCGCGGGGGCGGCCCCGGCCGAGGGCCCCGCCGUGCCCUACGCGGUGGAGCUGGGGCUGACGGUGCUCCACACGGCGCUGUACGCCGCGCUCUUCCUCUUCGCCUACCUGCAGCUCUGGCUGCUGCUCUACUACCGCGAGCGGCGGCUGAGCUACCACACGCUCUGCCUCUUCCUCUGCCUGCUCUGGGCCGCCCUCAGGACCACGCUGUUCUCCUUCUACCUGCAGAACUCGCUGCAGGCCCUCCGCCUCCAGCAGCCCUUCGCCCACUGGCUGCUGUACUGCCUGCCCGGCUGCCUGCUCUUCGCCAGCCUCUGCCUCCUCAACCUCUACUUCGCCGAGGUUAUAUUCAAAGUGAAAUGUGCAGCUGAUUUCAACAAGUACAAGGUCCUGUUGUAUCUGGGCUCCAUACUUACCAGCCUCCUCUUCCUAGUUGUGAACUUGACGUGUGCAAUGCUCAUCCACAGUGAGGUCCCAGAGAACCAGCUGAGGCGGACAGUCCUUGCCCGCGCUCUAGUCAAUGACAGCCUCUUCAUCCUCUGUGCCAUCUCGCUGGCUUGCUGUAUGUGCAAACUGGGAAAGAUGUCUUCAGCGAAUGUCUACCUCGAGUCUAAGGGAACAUCUGUCUGCCAAGCUAUUCUUGUGGGAUCUGUAGUUGCUCUCCUGUAUUCCUCAAGGGCUUGCUAUAACCUGGUAGCUGUGGCCAUAUCUCCAGACAAUGUUCCUGGUCCAUUUAACUAUGGCUGGGACAACCUUUCAGACAAGGUGCACGUGGAAGUGAGCAGUGAAGAAUAUGUGGUGUUUGGAGUGGUUCUUUUCCUCUGGGAGCUGGUGCCAACAACUUUUGUGGUGCUGUUCUUCCGGGCACAGAGGCUGAGUCAGAAUUUGACUCCAGCGGGAAUGGUCAAUAGUCACAGCUACAGCUCCAGAGCCUACUUCUUUGACAAUCCAAGGCGCUAUGACAGUGAUGAUGACUUGUCACGGCUUGGGGCCAGAGAAGGAGGCUUGGCCACCCCUCAGUGCUCUGGCUGCUAUGGGUCGCUGGCUGGGAACGACAGCUACGCAGCGGGUCCGCCUCCCAGCGGGACUGCUACCGACAGUGCCCCCUUGCUCUCUGCUGCAGGCGGCUCGGAGUUGAAUAACCACCAUAGCUCAUACCCUGCAGCACAGAACUGAAGAGGCUGCGAGGUCCCUUUCCUCCCAGAAGUGGCAUUCAUGUAUAGGAUUGUAACCUGGUUUUCUUUCCCUCUUCCCCGAAGCAUCUAACUCAUCGACACAAACAUUCCACUACCUGCUGCAGCCGUAAGCAGGACGGAGCCUAUGGCUGCAGGCGGUAAGCGAGAGAACUGUGACUUUUAAGGUACCAUGUAGCAAAGUGAAGCUGAACUCUCGGGAAGCUCUUUCUUGGUCUGGUCUUCAAGAUGUUGGCAGCUAAACGCACCAGAGCUUCCUCACUAGAAAAGAAACAUCAAAUGCAUAUUUGCACUUUUAUCUGCACACUUGGAAGGAAUGAAUCUUGCUCAGGCUGUGUUUGGUCUGAGACUGUUCUAGUUACUCUUCUAAUUGCACAUCCAUAGCUGGGAGAGGCACCGUCUUCCCGCAAAGAUGUAUUCCGUGAAGUACUCUGCAUCCUGACUCACGUGGGAGUGUGAAGCUGGGUUAACAGUGUUAUGGGCAGGGCCUCCUGCAGUGUGUUACCGUGCCAUAUUCGCACCCUGUGGGGCCGCUGCCUCUGUCUGGGCUGAGUGUGGGCCUUCUCUGACUGCUGGUCCUUCCACCUGGAUGCUGAACCAUCCUGCCUAGAACUGUGGGCUUGGAGCUGAGCUCAAAGCAUAUCCGUAGCAAAGGCCUGUAACGGUGAGAUCAAGUGCUCCUACUGGUGUUAAGCUAGAGGGUUGGUUACGUGCAGUGGUCUUAUGGCAGGGCAGAGGGCUGGCAUGGGCUGGAGCUGCUGUCCAGUGAAGGAGGGGGUGAGGCUCUGCAACUGCUUUCUUCUGGGAAAGCUUAAGGCUGGAGUAGGCUCUGCAAAAGUGUAUGCAGGAACAUGUGUGGCCCAAAGCAUGUGUAAAAACUAGAGCUGCCUUUCCCAAUGCAGGGCCUCCCCUGUUGCGUUUAGUAGAGGACAAAAUUUUAAGCUGACCAAAUGUGAACCAGCAGAGUCACUGCAGAGGUGCAGGAUGCCUCUUGCUUGUGGUAGCAGCACGUGCAGAGGCAAAGCUGCAGAAAUCUGGUCCCUGGGCCCUUUUCCUUCUUCUCCUGCCUCUCUGCUGUGCCCUGGAGCAGGUUGGGGACCUGGAGUCCUACGGGGUUUGAGUAUGCUGGGUCAGGUGAGGAGGAGAGCACUUUCCAGAUGUCUCCCCUCUCUUGAACUGGAAUGGCCCGGUUUGGCUUGGUUUGCAGCUCUGCUGGGCUCUCAGAGAUGAGACUAAGAGUGGAUGUUACUCCCGCAUGUCUCUGAGCCUUCUGUGGGAUGAGCAAAGCAGCUCUGGACACAUGCUUGGGUGGAGGUGCUGGUCUUAGGCAAGCAGCUGCUUUGACUUCUAGUGCAAACUUGAACUGGAACCGCUUUUAACCUACUUGAAGCUGCUCUAACACCAGUCUGAUGCUGGGAGACCUGGCUGGCUGGAGGCCGUGCACCUGUGUGGAGCAGCACGGUGCUGCCUGGCUCUGGCUGUGGGACACUGGAGUGGCACUGUGUGCUGAAGGCCCCUGGCAGCUUGCAUCCACAGCAGUGAGCGAGGAGCCCCAAGCCCUGUGGCAGCCCUGGCCUCUCCUCCAGCCUUGCCCUCGCUGGGGUGGCAGGCACCCUGUCCCCCACCUUGCUUGCAUUGAGCUAGAAGUCACUUGUUGCACUGAACACCUUGCCCCUCGGUGUGGUCCCUGUGCUGGCGUGUGGGCCUCUCUGUGCUAACCUGCUUCACUCUUACUGGCCCAGAAAAAGAGCAACCUCUGCUGCUGUUCCGAGAGGGUUCUGAGACUAUGGCUUCUGGCACAUCCCUCUCGCUCUAGUACUUGAACCAGAGAGCUUCACCUUGACUGCCAUGGCUCUCCUGGCUGCUGUCGCAUGGUGUAAGGUGUAAGAGUCCUGCCUCCUCCCUGCAGCCGGGGUGCAGGCAGAGGUUGCUCCAUCUCAAUCACUGCUUGGCUUACAGCAAAGCUCACCAAGGGCCCAGCCUGUUUUGUCCUUCUUUCUUCUGCCAUAAGUCACCAAAGACAAGAAGUGACACGAGCGGCCCCUGUUCUUGCUUAAAUUCCAAAGCACUAGGAGCACUUUAAGUUUUUCUUCGGAGGGAAGGGAGUGGAGUGCAAAAAAAAAAAAAAUAAUAAUAAUAAAAAUAAAAAAUUCAAGGGCUACAGGCUCAUUGUUCAUAUUGCACUGAAGCACACAACAAUACGAUCUUCCUGGCAUUAGGGGGGGGCAGGCCGGGGCCCUGAGUCUCGUUGCUGAUGUACUCGUGAGUGACUGGCAAAGUGUUUUGGUUUUAUUCACUUGGACGGAUGGCCGUUAAUUUCAGAACUCUGACUGCUCCUGCUGGAGCUACCUUGUGUUUUACUGAAGUAAUUUAUAGCUGAGAAGUACAAUGACUUUUUUAAUGCGUAGUUGCCUUUCAUUGAACUUCUUUCUUUCUUUCUCUUUUUUUUUUUUUUUGGUGUUCUUUAACAGUGUUUUGGCUUUGCAGGCCGGCCUCUGCUGGCUGCAACAGGAAGCUGUGGCCAAUGAAUGUACCUAUUUCUUCUUCACUAAACUGUAACCAAGCACUACUAUGUUGAAAUAAUAAAAAAAAAAAAAAGUUUCUGUGC